UUGUGUUCUUAGUUGUGUUCCUGCUAAUCUGGCAGUACAUGAAGCCCAGCCCUUGGCGCCUUCCUGAGCACCCCACACCAUGGCCAUUGCUCGGUCAUGUUAACCCAUUUCAACUGGGCCAGGUAGGCGAUGUUGAGGCGUUUCAGCUCUAUAAGAAGAUGAAUACACCAAUAAUGUACCGCAAGCUUUUCUCUCAACAUGCAGUAUUUCUACAUACAUAUGAUCUUGUGAAAGAAAUCUACUCAAGUGAACAGUUUGUUGGUCGAGCACCUACUCCACUUGAUGAGUUUGUUUUUAAGGGACUCGUUGAAGUUUCAGGGCCUAGAUGGCAGGAGCAGAGAAGGUUUGCUCUUUCGACACUUAGAGAUUUUGGAUUGGGAAAUAAUAAAAUUGAGAGAAAAAUCCAGGAAGAAAUUUCCAGUGGACUUUGUGAAGAGCUUGAUGCCAAAAAUGGAAAACCAUUCGACCCAGCUAACCUUACAACAAUUGCUAUCUCAAAUAUUAUAUGUUCAAUGGUGUUUGGACAUAGGUUUUUAUACAAAGAUGAACAAUCUCAAGUAAUGGUGCAACGACAGAAUGAUACCAUGGUUCACGCAAGAUGGGUGUAUUUUGGUUCAGGUAUUCCAUUUUCUGACCUGAUUCCUGGUGACAUAUUCCAUAAAAAGAGGCUUCUGUCAAAUAUUGAAGACUUGAAAUCUGGAGUUUUCAUCCCUGAAUUUCGACGACAUAUGGAGGAGUUUGAUUCCGAGAAUAUCAAUGAUUUUAUGGAUGCAUUCAUAAGAGAAAUGAAACUAAAAGAAGAUGCAGGGGAGAAAAACCAUUGGUUCACAGAGGAGCAGCUGAUGUGGAACAUUGAGGAUCUGUUCGCUGCUGGUACAGAUACAACUGCCUUGUCUCUGAGGUGGCUAUUACUGUGCAUGCUCCACUAUCCCGAUGUUCAACAAAGAGUUCGAAAAGACAUCCAUGAUGUCAUUGGGAAGGAAAGAAUUCCUUCUAUGAAAGACAAACUGGACUUACCCUAUGUCGAGGCAGUACUUUUGGAGGUGCAGCGAAUGCAUAUAAUAAUUCCAUUCAGUGUUGGACAUAGCAGCACUGAUGAAAACCCAGUUGAAUUCAAGGGGUACAUAUUUCCUCCAAAGACAGCCAUAGCUUGUAAUUUCCACAGCAUUCACUUUGACCCGGACUACUGGGAAAAUCCAGACACAUUCAACCCAGAUCGCUUCAUUGGUGCUGAUGGAAAGUUCCGAAAGGAUGAUCAUGUCCUCACAUUUUCAAUAGGUAAGAGAUCUUGCCUAGGAGAGUCCCUUGCAAAGCAGGAGUUGUUUCUGUUUUUCACUGCUCUACUACAGAGAUACAGACUAGGGGUACCACCAGGAGAGCCCCUGCCAUCAAUGGAGAGAGUACCAGGUCUCACAGUGGGCCCAAAGCCUUUUAAAAUGUGCUUUAUAAGAGAUGAGUGAAAUACAGUUAAAUGACCUGGUAUCUUAGAACUGAAUGUUUAGCCCUAAUUCUUACAAUCUGUACUUUUAUAUAAGAUAAACAAAAUUAUAACCUGAUGUAUCAUGGAUGACUAAAUGGUGAAUGGAUUUGAGACAAUAAAUUAAAGUCAAAUAUGGAGGAAAUGUCCAUUGCAGGACU